GUCUGCGCCCAUGCAUAUGUUCGUGUGUAUUUUAGCACAUGUGUGAUUUGGACUGUAUAAUGUAAUAUACGGUAUAUUAUUGGUUAGGAUAUCAUUGGUUAUACGUAAGACAAUAUAGCCAAUCAGAGGAAUAAAAUAGGACUUUGUAGCACUCAUAUCACACUAUCAGUAUCACACUCACAUCCAGUCAUCGUUCUUGAGAGAAUUCACGAUGGACGAUAUAACGAAAGAUGCUCGGUUUUCCCACAUCGGGCGGGACCCUCGUUUCAUGAGGAUUCCACAAAAAGAACGAAAAGUAAAGAUUGACAAGCGUUUCAAAGCUAUGUUUGAGAACAAGAAAUUUAAGCUCAAAUACACCGUGGACAAGCGUGGUACACCAUUAACGAACUUUACUACUAAUGAGGAUCUGAAGCGAUAUUACGAGCUAUCAUCAUCUGAUGAGAGUGACACUGAAACAGCCAAAAAGAAGGUAAAAGCAAAAAAGAAGGCAUCACAAAAAGUGAAAGCAGAAGCAAAGUUGGCGAAACCUGAGAAACGGGAGCUGAGAGCUGAUGGUGAUAAACUCUCUAGUGGCCAUGUAAAACCCCUUAACCAGACUGUGCCCGAAAAAGAUCAAUUAGAGACUUCGUCUAGUCAGGAAGACUCUUCCUCCGAUGAGGAAGAUGAUGACAAUGAUGAUGAAAGUUAUAAGCAGACUGUAUUGAAGUCAAAGUCACCAUCUCUAGUAAAGAAAAAGAAAAAGAAUGAACCAGAAGGCAUCAGUGAUGAGGAUGAUGAUGAAGAUGAUGCUGAUGACAGUGAGGAUGAUGACGACGAUGACGAUGAUGACAAUGAUGGUAUCAAUGAUGAAAAGGAACUGUUUGAUCCAGCUAGAGGUGUGGGAGUUAGCGAUUCUAGUGAAUCCAGUGACACAACUGAAGACGACGAUGAUGAUGAUAGCGUUGUCAGUAGUGAAGAUGAUGCCGGAUGGGGUGAGCUAGGCGCUGAUGCACCAGAGGCUAUGGAGAUCACUGCUAGACUCGCCGUGUGUAAUAUGGACUGGGAUAACAUCAAGGCAGCAGACAUCUACGUCAUGCUGAGCAGCUUUGCUCCUGCUGGAGGCAUCCUGCAUUCUGUCACAAUUUAUCCAUCAGAUUACGGAAUGAAGAGGCUACAGGAAGAGGAACUAAAAGGCCCGGCCGAGCUGGUAACGCAUAGCUCAGAUUCUGAAAAUGAGGAAGCUGAGGCUGGAGACAAGAGCGAGGAUUCCGAACGCGUCAGGGAAAAACUGCGCACGUACCAGCUGAAUCGACUGAAGUACUAUUACGCCGUUGCCGAGUUCGAUUCGGCACAGACUGCGAACAAGGUCUAUGAGGAGAGUGAUGGCAUGGAAUACGAGAGUAGCUCAACCAGACUUGACCUGAGGUUCAUCCCGGAGGACAUGGUAUUUGAGCAAACACCCCUGACAGUGUGCAAUGCAGCGCCUGAUAUUAGUUCCUAUAAACCACCAUUAUUUGUUACCACCGCUCUCAAUCAGUCAAAGGUUCAUCUAUCCUGGGAUGAAACAAACAAGGAUCGGCUAGCCAUAACGAGCAAAGAUUACAAAAAGGAAGAUGUAUUGAAUAUGGACAUGAAAGCUUACCUGGCAUCUUCUAGUGAAGAUGACGAAGGUGCGUAUGAAGGCAUCGAGCAACCUGACGACGAAGAUUCAGUCGAUCAGAAAUCGGAUGGAGACGACGAUGAAGAUGACGAGGAUGCGGCAAUCAAUAAAUACAGAGCUCUCUUGAAAGGAAUUGAUGAUGAUAAAGAUGAAAAGGAAAUGGAGAUGCAAAUUACUUGGGAACCAGGGCUGCAAGAAUCAACACAGCAGAUUUUACAAAAGAAGGAGAAGGAGAAGCUCAAUCUGACACCAUGGGAGCAAUUCUUAGAAAAGAAGAAGUCGAAAAAGAUGGAGCGUCUCAAAAACAAGGAAUCGAGCAAACAGCAGGUUGGCGGGGCAGACAGUGAUGAAGCAUCAAGUGACGACGACAUUCCAGCUGGCAUAGACUUAAAUAACCCCUACUUCCAAGAGGAGCUUCAGAAAGCCCCAGGCAAACAAGGAAAGGCCAAAAAAGAUAAGAAGUUUACGAAAAAGAAAACUGGCGAAACUGUGGAGGACAAACAUGAGCAGGACGAGUUAGAACUUCUGAUGAUGGAUGACAAGGACGACGGCAAGCAUCAUUUCAACCUGAAGGCCAUCAUCAAAGAAGAGAAGGGCAAGAAGAAGAAACAGAAAAAAUGGAAGAAGAAGUCAGAAGAAAAGAAAGUAGAAGACGAUUUCAAGCUAAACGUGUCCGACCCACGCUUCGAGGCUGUCUUCAAGUCGCACCACUACAACAUCGACCCGUCCGAUCCAAGCUUCAAGAAGACCAACGCGAUGGAGUCGCUCAUUAAAGAGAAGCAGCGCCGACGCGCCGCGGAGAGCGAGCCCGGUGGGACGCCCAUCGCCAAGGCGCCGAAGGUUGCCGUGGAAACGACGGCGGCAAAGGACCCGCAACUUUCGGCGCUCGUCAAAUCCGUGAAGAGCAAGACGCGGACGUAUUACAAGAAGACGGGCUGAUCGGCUGUGCGCGUCGGCGUAGUUUUCCACAAGAGGGUGUUGUCAGUGUACUUUUUCGUAAGACAGCUGUAAGAGGAGUUAAUUGUAUCUCUCCUCGAUGCAUGUUUUACGAGAUGAAAGGCUGGUUGUGUCUCGGUAGACGAUGUAAAGGUGCAGCAUGGAUGACCGUAUCACACGUGACGUGGCCGAGAAGUCGCAGCAAUGUGGAUGAACUACAGACUCACAAACCUGCUCGAGUCACACACAUGCCAGCUAGUUCACCGUGCCCGAACGAUCCAGUGAAUAAAACAACGGAAUUUAGGACCCUUUUACGGAGUCAAUUCCAUUUUGUAAGCUAAAGUGCAGUGACCUGUCAUGUUUUCAAGUACAGAUUUUAGCGUGAAAACUGCAAUAUUUGUAAUGAGCGUUACAAAAGUAAGAGUGAAAUAAAAUGUGUAUAAUAUAUCAUCAGUUGUGA